AUGCAAGCCACUACUGCCAUCCUCGCUUUGUCUGCUGCCUCGAUCGUCGCUGCUGCCGGUGUCAACGGCACUGAAGGUGGUGCUGCCUCCAACGGCACCGCUGUUGGCGGCCACAACGGCACCGCCGGCCACAACGGCACUGCUGGCCACAACGGUACCAACGGUUCCGGUGGUCACGGCUCGGGUGCCCACGUCGUCUCGGCUGGUGUUGCCGGUGUCGUUGCCGCCGCCGGUGUCGCCCUCUUCUUGUAA